UUCAGUUUCGCUCAUCUCAUCAUUGAGCUGCAGACACACAUCGGUGUCAUGGAGCAUAAGCUGGAUCUUUCCCGUCUAACGGAUGAAGAGGCCAAACAUGUUUGGGAAGUGAUUCAACGAGAUUUCAACCUCCGCAAGAAAGAAGAAGAGAGACUCAGUGAGCUGAAGAAUAAGAUUGAGAAGGAGGACUCAAAACGAGAACUGCUGGGCUCUCAGAGCAACUUGUCCGACUCGCUUUGUAUCCGCUGCCUGCAGCCCUUCAAGUUCCUGGUGAACAGCAAACGCCAGUGUCUGGACUGUCGCAUGUACACCUGCAAGUCCUGCAGCCGCUACAACAAGAAGGAGCACGGCUGGGUGUGCGACAACUGCCGCAUGAACAGGGUGCUCAAGAUCGGGACUCUGGGCUGGUACCAUGACAACGUGAGAAACCGUUUCAAACGCUUUGGUAGUGCCAAAGUGAUGAGGUCAUUGUACAAGAGGCUGAACGGAGAAGGUGGGCGUGAUGAUGACACGCAGAGUAUGCCGGAUGUCCACAGUCACGCGUAUAAUGGCAAUGAGGAUGAUCAAGGAGAAUUCGAGGGUCAGCGCUACAAAGUGAUGAGGAAGAACAAACGUCUGCUGUCUGUUCAUCCUAUGGACUUUGACAAUGAGGAUUAUCUGCCUCACUCACGGCGUCCGUCUGUACAGCAGCAGCAGGAUGAUCGGUACUAUAGGAAUGACGUGGACUACGACCAUUACAGCCACAGAGGAAACCGCAGGAAGAGCCUGGACCGAUAUGCCAUGAGACCUGAUGACAACGGAGAGAAUCGGAUGGUCCGGACUCGCUCUCUGUCCAAGAUUACCUCGUCGGUGGCUCGGCAGCAGUACGUUGACACAUCAGACGAGGAGGAGUACCAGAGGUACCCGCAGAUGUACCAACAACCACCCCACCGCCGAAGGGGCAGUAGAACCUCCUCCCAGGAGAACCUGGGACAAGCCCCGCCAAUAAAUGAACUGAGCAAACGAAUGUUGGCCAUCGAGAGUCUGCUGAGCCGCCUGGAGGAAAAGAUUACACCUGGUGUAAACGAGCAGGCAUCAAAUCCAUCAGCUCAGAAUGAGGAGGAGAAACUGAGAAGGAAGCUUAGUGAGCUGGCGGGGAACCUGAGCGAUAAGGGCCCGUCAUCGGACGACGAAGCUGGGAAGAAGUCCUUUUCUGUGGGUAAAGGUUUGGCCGGACUGAAGGGUGGCCCAGCAAUCGCUCUGAACUCCCGGAAGAACAAAGAACUGAGCUCAUCCAGUGAUGAGAUGCCCACUGAGGCUCAAAAGGUGUACAUCACGGCCGGUCAGUCCUACGAGCUGGAGUCGAAGCUGCGGCGGCUCGAGCAGAGUGCCAAGAAUCAGUUUGGAGGGGCGACGGACUCGGAACUGUCUGAGCUUGAGGACGUGGUGGCACUGACUGCCGCCAGAGUCCAGAGUGCUGAGAGCGAGGUCUCUGAUAUUGAGAGUAAAAUCGCUGCUCUGAGCGCCGCCGGAUCCAAGAAGAAGGUUUCAGGAACUCAGAGAAAAAAGUCGACUCAGGAUUUUCAGAAAGCUAACGGCACUCAGUGGAAAUCCAGCAACAUGUUCUGAAGCAGAAACAGACCUUCAGCAGCUGCUGCUUGCUCCUCUUCGUCAUGAAGCCUUCAUCAUAGAGCAACUCAAAGAGCAACUUUUAUCUGUAACUGCUGCUGCUUAUGUGUUAGAAACAUAACACAUGAUUACAGCUGGUAGAUUUAGACAAAAUAUGAGAAAACGUAAAAAAGUACGUACCAAACUAAAUGAAUAUUCAAAUGUACAGUCAUUACAAUAUUUCUUUGAAGCUCAGAGGCAGCUGGAGAGAAUUACAUGGGAAUGAAGUAACAUGAAAAUGUUUAAAAAUGUAUAAAUCCAAAAUAUUUAGUUUUAACACUGACAAAGUUUCGGCUUGUCUCAGCAACGCAAAGCCCCCAGCAUCCGACAUCAGCAUGGAGGAGAGGAAGGCACUCACAUCACUUAGUGAUGACAACAAAAUCAUCAUCCUUCCGGCAGACAAGGGCAGGUGCACAGUAUUGCUAAACCAGAAAGACUGUCAUGAGAAAAUUUUGUUACUACUCAGUGACAAAAAUACUUAUGAGCCCCUGAAACGAGGCCCAUGAAGUGGACUGUCUGUCUGAAGCAGUUAGAACAAGGCAAUGCUAUGGACUUGAUCUCAUACCACAGGCUGUACCCAGGGUAAUGAACACCAAGUCUGUAUGGUUUACCGAAGAUACAUGAACAGGACGCACCUUUAAGACCGAUUGUCUGUAUGAUCAACUCGGUCACCUAUAACAACCCAAAGUUUCUGACUUCGAUCCUCAACCCGCUGGUAGGCAGCUCUGAACACCACAUCCAGAACACCUUGGAGUUUGUUGAGAAGGUGAGAGAUGUCAUUAUGGAGGCAGAUGAAACCAUGGUCUCGUACGAUGUUACAUCUCUUUUCACUUGCAUCCCAGUCACGGAAGCGUUGGAGGUAGUAAGAGAUUACAGGAUGACACCAACCUUAGCAACAGGACCACUCUCAGCAUCAGGGAUCAUAUUUUCCACAUAUUUCACAUACAAGGGUCAGUGUGCCAUGGGUUCCCCAGUUUCACCCGC